ACAUGUGCGCCCUUCGGAAGGAACAAGAGCGGACUUCAGAGACCAUCAAUGCCCUUGUUGAGAGCCAAGAAAGAUUUUACAAAACCCUCAAGCUGCUGAUGAGACCGCCGACAGCGCUAGAUAGCCUGCCGUCAGGGACUUCGCGAGACCUGCAAGAGAGCAUUCGCGACGUCUUGGGUCAAGGAGGCCUCCGCCAGGACUCAGGCGCGCGUGUGCACGAGGGAAAUGUUUAUUCAUCAGAUCAGCAUAAUGAGAACAGCUCUGAAAACCAGGCUCCCUCAGGGCUAACCUGUGCAGUCUGCAGGUCGACCUACAACGCGCACGAUCGUCGUCCGCUUAUCUUCUCCAGCUGCGGCCACACCUUCUGCGAGGAAUGCCUUAGGACGGAGAACCGCAAGAGUGUGUUCCAGUGCCCUUCUUGCCGGCAGGACCGCGACCAGUUCCGGACGCUGAAGCCUAACUUCGCGCUGCUCGACCUGCUCGAAGCGCUCCAGACAAGCGAGUAAGAGGCAGCAGAUUAUUAUGAUACAGAGUAAACGCGCUGCAGCAUCAUGAAGAGAAUUGAAGCCCUAAACACAAACACACACAAUGUUUGUGGAAACCUCACGUUGGCAGUGUGAUUAUGCGGUAUCCGUGAAUUGUGGUCACCUACAUUUAUAUAAGAAGUACAGCUUAUUAAGUGAUUAUGUAUAGUUUAUUAUUGUAUAAUAUUCAUGGGAAAUAUUAUGCAGGCACAUCACAUUUAUUUACUCAGUUGAUUUUCAAAGAAUCUAAAUGGA